AUGCCACGCUUCGUGCACCGCCAGCGAAAGCACAAGGUUCGAGCCCGUGAACCAUCCGCAACCUCGUCAAUCCCACAGUCCAAUCAAGAACACAUCAUUCCGCUGAGCAAAGCUGAAAAAGAGGAAAAGAGGCAGAAGCUGAGGGAAGAACUGAGAGCCCAGCAACCUAAGAUAUCAAGUAAAAAACAAAAGCGGCUAGACAAGUAUAUCGAGAACAAGUUGAAGAAGGACGAAACACUUGACCUUCUGCGGAAAUUGGAGAAAGCGAAGGAGAAAUACGAUACCAGCACAACCUUGCAGACUUCGAAAACCUUAGGCAAACGGACUUUCGUCGAAUUUGCGACCGGAACCGGACCCAGAAACAAGCUAGACUCGAACCAGGAGAGGGCCCCCCGGGAAAGCGAUGGCUCUGAUAUUGAAAGCGAGGACUCAUUUGAAGCUGAGAAUAGAGAAGCGUUCGCGGAAGUCAAGGAUCAACCGGAGGAAGUGAAACAAACACAACCAUCGACAACACAGGGAAGCGGUCUUGCACGGCCAUUGAUGUUAGACGAGAAUGGGCUUCCGAUCAUACCAUCCAGAAAGAGCAGGAAAAGAAAGAAAGCUUCGGACGAAGUACCUGCUGAAUUGCCCUGGGAAGGGUUUGACUCGGAACCAAGCAAUGUUGAGUAUUCGUCGGAUGGGGGGGAGGAUCUGAAGGAAUCCAAACCGGAGGACUUGGAGUCUGAGGCAUCAGAUUCGGAAAGCGACGAAGACUCAGGGCUGGAUGAUGAAGAUUCUGAGAAUAGUGCAUCCGAGACCUCUGACGGAGAGACCCUUGAACCUAGAAAAUCGGCCUUUAAGGCCUGGGCGACCCAGCAAUUGAAUCAAUCAAUGGGACAUGUACCGUCUUAUACAAUAGGAGAAGGACAGCUGCCACCGAAACCCAAUCCCUCGCCGUCGAAACCUCAGAUCGUCCCAGCUACCAAACCCGAAAUUCCGGCCAAGCCAACAGAGACUGCGCCCCACCGCAAGGCGUACAGCGUGCACGUCGAACGAGCACAUGAGAUCCAGGAAGGUCGGCUACAGCUGCCAAUUCUACAACGAGAACAAGAGAUCAUGGAGGCGAUCCAUAACAAUCCUGUCGUCAUUGUCAAGGGUGAUACGGGAAGUGGAAAGACCACACAAUUACCCCAAUUCCUGUUUGAAGCUGGCUACGGUUCUCCUGAAGGACCAACUCCGGGUCUGAUUGGCGUUACUCAGCCUCGUCGAGUUGCCGCGGUCAGUAUGGCGAAGCGAGUAGGGACCGAACUUGGGCAGCACGGCGACAAAGUGUCAUAUCAAAUCAGAUUUGACAGCACCAUCUCAAGUAACACGGCUAUCAAGUUCAUGACAGAUGGGAUCCUGUUACGCGAAUUGUCCCAGGAUCUUUUGUUGAAAAAAUACUCCGUGAUUGUCAUCGAUGAGGCGCACGAAAGGAGCGUUAAUACUGACAUCUUGAUUGGAAUCCUCAGCAAGAUUGUACCGGCGCGGAUAAAAAAGAACCAGUUCAACCCAAAUCCGAUGCCGCUCAAACUGGUCAUUAUGUCCGCAACACUCAACAUCGGAGAUUUUUUGAAUGAGAAGCUUUUCUCCACCGACGCGAAACCUCCCGUUGUGGAGGCCGAAGGACGUCAGCACCGUGUAACGACACACUUUGCACUGAAAUCCAGACCAGACUAUCUUGAAGAGGUAGUUGAAAAGGUCCGACGGGCUCAUCGAAAACUCCCGCGAGGUGGCAUCCUUGUCUUCCUCACUGGGCAAAACGAAAUCAGGCAGGUUGGUGAUCGAUUGAAGGCGCUUCUUGCUCCAAGAGGUGAUUCUGGUGACCGGUCCACCCUCCCUCGGGUGCAAAUUGCCGCGAGUGAGACACCUCUUGAAACGGAAGAUUUUGACUUGGGCAACUUCAAGGCAAUCCAGGAGCAAGACGAUUUUGACACUGACAUUUUAACGCAUUCCGAAGAUGAGGCUGAGGAAAAUGAGUUCGAUAUUCCUGACGAUGAAAAUGAAGAUGAAUCAGCACCAGUCGAACAUACUUCGUCGACAUCGAAGGAACCGUACACCUCCGUCCACAUCUUGCCGCUGUACUCACAACUACCCACAAAUGAACAACUGAAGGUCUUCGAACCACCUCCAUCUGGAUGUCGUGUGGUCGUACUCGCAACCAAUGUUGCCGAAACAAGCUUAACGAUACCUGGAAUCCGCUAUGUUUUCGAUACGGGCCGCAGUAAGGAGCGCAAGUACAAUCUUGAUACGGGAGUCCAGAGCUUCGAGAUCGACUAUAUCAGCAAGGCUUCUGCUCAACAACGAGCGGGUCGAGCAGGACGUACUGGACCGGGCCAUUGCUGGAGACUCUACACGUCGGCCGUUUACGAGCGAUUCUUCCCCGAUCAUGCUGAACCGGAAAUUCUCAGAACUCCCGCGGAAAGCAUAGUUCUGCUGUUGAAAGGCUUUGCUUACCCUCGACCAAUCGCGGAAUUCCCUUUUCCGACCACCCCAGCUGCGGUAACAUUGAAGAAGGCUGAGCAACUGUUGAAAAAUCUAGGAGCAUUGACGAGGCUUGGAAGUAUAACGGAAAUUGGCAAGGAACUUUCGAUCUACCCACUACCUCCUCGCCUAGGCAAAAUAAUGAACGCUGGCAUUAACGACCUCAGCAUGAUCUGGCACGUCCUCGCUUUGGUGUCCGGCCUAGCGGUCCCAGAAGUCUUCAUUCCCGAAGCACAACUCGGUCUGACAACACCUCAGCAACAGGACGGGGAAGUCUACACUCGCGAGAACCAGCAGGACGACGACGCCCGAGACAAACGACGACAAGAAUAUGGCCGUGCUCGCGCAACCCUGAGCAAAGCCGAUAAGACCUCUGAUGCGAUGAAACUUCUCACUGCCGUCUCGCUGUACCUCGAUGCACCCGACAAAGAGCAACUGUGCCGCGACGUGUUUCUCCGCCCCAAAGCCCUGGCCGAGAUAUCCCAGCUGCGCAGCCAACUUGAAGCUCUUCUUCGCGCCAACAAUCGAUACGUUUCUGCAGAGACCAUCUCCAAAUCACGCGCGACGAAGCUGACCUCAAGCCGUGUCGUCAAACGGCUCAACGCGAUCGCCGCAAGCGGGUACAUCGACCAAGUCGCCAUCCGCUACGACAAGGUACCCAAUCCGCCGGAGCUGAUGGCAAAGCCCCGCCGCGCCAUCGACGUUCCCUUCUUGCCCCUCAUCCCUAUCCAUGGGAAAGCCUCUGCCUCAAUCGUUGAGCGGGCGGUAUACAUCCAUCCUUCGUCCGUACUGGCGCGGUUGUCCGUGAAAGACCUGCCCGAGUACAUCGUUUACACGCACCUGCAGCAUGCGCAGAGCCACACAAUCACUUCCGCGGCUGAGAUUGAGACUUCCAAAAUACCCCAAACCCGCAUGUUGCCGCUGACGCCAGUGGAUGGAGCCCAGCUAGCGCAUCUUGCGCACGACACUGCGCUUCUUGAGCUCGGCAAGCCAGUCCCCAAGACAAGAGUCGAGGAUAUCCCUGGCACGCCGAGGAGGAGAGAGUGCUGGGUCCUCGUCGAGCUCAGAGGUGGUAAAGAGUCCGGCGGAUUUGGAUGGCCACUUCCCCCGCUUAAGGUCAGGCAGGUGCUGGACGUCAAGAGUGCUACGGGGUGGAGGGUUGAGAAGGUUCUCAGCUAG